AUGGCCUUUGGGGUGUUGUUUCAGGAAGAGAGCCAAAACCCGAAAAAUUCCCCGUUGCAUGACGAAUGGAAGAGGAAGAAUGCACUGGCUUUGCAUGCCAUUCAACUAUCAUGCGGUUCAGGCAUAUAUUCUAAGUUUAAGGAAGCUCAUGUUUCUGCAGACUAUGCUUGGCACCACUUGGCCGAAAAGCGUCGCCGGCCGCCGGCGGCAAUGGUGCUGACUGAUCAUGAAGAAGAAGGCCAUUCGGAACACAAUGGGACGGAACAUCAUCAAUAUGAGGAACUGUACAAGGCAGUGGAAAAAGGCGAUUGGAAGGAGACGCACCACAUCCUUCAGCGUGAACCAAACGCGGUUAGGGCAAUAAUUUCAUCGCACAAAGAUACAGCUCUUCACGUUGCAAUUCUAUGUGGACACACAAAGAUAGCAGAGGAGUUGGUGAGGUUGAUGAAACCAGAAGACUUAGAAUUGACAAACGAAUUCGGGGCCACUGCUCUCUCUCUUGCUGCCAUCAGUGGAGAAACAAAGCUGGCCAAGGCAAUGGUGAGGAAGAAUGACAAGUUGGUUAGAGUUGCACAUGAUCAUGAUGAUGGAAAUCUCCCUGUUAUUGUGGCUGCUUUGUAUGGCCGGAGGCGAAUGGUCCGGUAUCUCUAUUCCAAGACACCCAAGGAUGAGCUAAGUCCCGAAAGAGGCGAACAUGGUGCCACACUGCUCAAUUGUCUCAUCACUGCUGAUAUCUAUGAUGUUGCUUCAAUGCUGCUGAAACGGUAUCCACAUCUGGGCGUGGUCCGAGAUCAUUAUGGGAACUACACACUCAGAAUGUUGGCUCACAAGCCUUCUGCUUUCCCAAGUGGAAGUAAAUAUAGAAUGGGCUCUAGGGCAAUAAUAAGAUUAUCCCACUACAGCGUGAGCACUACGAUUCGAGUUAUAGAUAUGAUCUAUACUCUUAUGGGGGUAACCGUGCAUUCACCAUGGGAUGGUCAAAGGUGGCACCACCAUGGAUCGGUUGAUGUAGAGAGCAAUAAAAUUCAAGGACUGAGCAGUGAUGAAAGGAGCAUCGAAAUUCACGAUUCUAGUGAUGAAGAGCUCGACGGAAUGCCGCACAAAAGUCCCACUGUCGGAGGAACUAUAGUCAACGAAGGCAAUACUGUGGCUAUUGCAUGGUUUGGGUUGGAGAAUUUUAAGAUGCUCCCAGACAUCAAGCAUAUACAUGACAGAAAACUGGUACAUGUUGAAGCUGUUAAACUCCUGAGUGUCAUUUUUAAGGAGUUACCAAAACUAAAAAAGUCACAACUUGAAAGCAUGGAAAUAGAUAAAGCAAUAUAUGAUGCCAUCAAGCAUGGGAUCAUUGAAUUUGUUGAUGAAAUACUCAAGUACAAUCCCGAAAUCAUAUGGCGAAAAGAUAAUAAAGGAAGAACAAUUUUUUCCAAUGCUAUUGUUCUUCGCCAAGAGAAGAUUUUCAGCCUGAUUUACAGACUGGGAACAAAGAAGAGUAUAAUGGCCCGUCGGCAUGAUGUGUUUGGUAACAACUUCUUGCAUCUGGCUGCAAAAUUAUCUCCUCCUACUCAACUCGAGCGCGUUUCUGGGGCAGCUAUGCAGAUGCAAAGAGAACUACAAUGGUUUAAGGAGGUGGAAAGCAUGGUACAACCCAAAUUGAAAGAGGAAGUGAAUGAAAAUAACAAAACACCGGGCACUUUGUUCACUGAUGAACACCAGGAGUUGGCAAAAGAAGGGGAAAGAUGGAUGAAGAACACUGCAGGAUCAAGCAUGAUUGUAGGCACUCUCAUUGCCGCGGUGAUGUUCACAACAGCCUUUACAGUUCCGGGUGGUAACAACAACAAAAAUGGCCUGCCUAUCAUGGCGGAAACCCAGCCUCGGGCAUUCUUGGUUUUCAUGGUUUCAAAUGCCUUAUCAAUGUUCACUUCUUCAACCUCAGUGCUUAUGUUUUUAGGAAUUCUCACAGCGCGUUAUGCAGAAGAAGAUUUCCUCAAGUCCUUGCCCACAAAACUUAUCUUUGGCCUUUCAUGCCUCUUCUUCUCCAUUGUGACCAUGAUGGUAUCCUUCGGGGCGUCUCUGUAUUUGAUACUCCAUCAACAGUUGAGUUGGGUUUCCAUUCCGAUUAUAGUUUUUUCCAUUAUUCCGAUAGCUCUUUUUACAAUGCUGCAAUUUCCACUCCUCCUUGAGAUGAUCUACCGUACCUAUGUAACUGGCAUCUUUGACAAGCCAAAGAAACACCAUCUCCACCUUCUUCAUUAGCGGACUAUCUAUCAUCGAACUAUGAGUUAAUCAAAUGCGGUUGCAAACUAUUGUAUUUCCCCAAUGUCAUAUCUUUUAAAUCUUUGUAAUGGUUAUUGUUAUGAUUUUUCAAAAGACUUGAAGUUUAUAU